UAGCAACAACAAACAAAAUGUCGCCUUUUAUGGAGAAAACGUUGCUGUUGUUAGGCGUGCUGUGCUGCAUACAAGUAUCCACUGCCCUAAUGUGCUAUGACUGCAACAGCGAGUACGAUCCCCGUUGCGGUGAUCCCUUCGAGCCCUACUCCAUCGGCGAGGUGAACUGCAGCAAACAGGAGCCCCUCGAGCAUCUUAAGGACAAAUACAAGCCAAUUCUCUGCCGCAAAACCGUGCAGAAGAUUUAUGGCAAGACCCGCAUAGUGCGUGGAUGUGGCUAUAUACCCGAUGAGCGUACCGAUAAGGAGUGCAUAAGGCGCUCGGGCACCCACGACGUGUCCGCCACCUAUUGCGCCUGCACCAAGGAGCUGUGCAAUGGAGCCACUGCCGUUGGAGCAAACCAGAUGCCUCUGAUCCUCGCAUUGGCUGCCGGCUUUGCGAUCUUCGUCACAAGACAUAGCAUAAGAGUGGAGAGCUCAUAAAUAUUCUCGUUUGGCAUUUGAGAUUAAACGUCUUAUAAUUUAUAUAUAUGAUUUUCAUUGAUUUUAAUUAACAAUUCCUCUU